AUUUUUUUCUAACGUUUCAGUUGUAUAUUGUGUCUGGUGUCUGUGUUAGUGUUUUAUAGAUCGAAAAAUUUGAAUAUUUCACAAUCAAAAAGUAGGUGGGAGCUAGCAUGACCAAUAAUAUGAGCCAUAUUGUGAAGUUGACAAAUGAAAGCAUCACAAUGAAAAUUCCACUGGUUGAUUUUGGUUCCCUAACUUUAAGGGAAACCAACUUUUGAUUUUGUACUAUUUCUUGUAGUUAGUGUUUUUAUUUUUGUCAUUUUUAAUCACCCCAUUAUUCAUUGUCUCCUUGUUUGUUAGAGUGAGACAAGAUUGGCACCGACCUCAUCAAUUUUUUUGGCUGUGGUUUCUUGAAAGAUCUAUUGUUUUCUGUGUGACAGGAAUCAAAGGGUAGAUUCUGAGGUUGAAAUAGAAGAUUUUUGCACACUAACUGUUUGUCCUAUUGACUCAUUGGAUUUUAUUUUAAGUACAUAGUCCUAAAAAUGGCAUGUUAUUAAAGCAUCUUGACUCUAUAAGGCUAUUCUAGCAUUUAUUUUACUUGGCUUUUUCUUAAUAUAAACUCUUGAUUUUGAUACCUAUAAUUGAUUAUUUGACAGUGUAGUUUCAACUUGCAACUUGCAAGAGAUUGUUGGUGUUUAUAUAGAAAUUGAAAUUCUUUCUAUAGAAGAGUCUUAAGGAGGGUGAACAAUUAUAGGAUUCUUAAGGAUAAGGAUAGUGGUAAACAGAAAAGAAAACUUAUGGAGGAAAUAACUUCGACGGUUUCGGUGCCAUUUCCACUUGGGAAUUUAAUAUCAAAAGAGUCAGCAGUGACAACACAAAUGGAAAUAUCUAGUUUAAAGCUUAUGGCAAAUACAGCAACUGUAUUGAUAUUAAAUCCUGCUUCCGUCGAGGAUUGUCAAUCGUUUUCUGUUGGAAGUGAAGACGACGUAGACAUGUAUAUUAGUCCACAACAAAACCAAAUAUCAGUGUCUUUGGAGGUUAAGGAGAAUCAAGUUGGAGCUGAAGUUGUCUCUGAAAUGGUUCAUGAAAGUGACACUAGCGGAAGAUAUGAAGAUGAGUUCAAAAUACAUAACGAUUUUCAGCGUGUACAUAAUCCAUCCUCUCAGUCUGCAAUUUUGAGGACUAAUUUGUCUGAAAUGAACACACCGAAUACUAUCAUGGUUGAUGAUGAUAUCAAUGAUAAGUCUAGUUUGAACGAGUCGAUGAAGAACAUGGCUUCUGCUAUGACGAACCAUGAGAGUGAAGGUGGAAGUAAAUCAGAUGGUCCUGAUUCAAAGCCAAUUGCUGCAGUUCGUGAGACGCUAGAGAAGCAAACAAGCACAACAAGCUGUGAUAAUGGUUUGGAAUUGAGUGAAACUCCUCUUUAUGGUUUCUCAUCAGUUAUUGGAAUGAGACAAGAGAUGGAAGAUGCUAUUGUUAUUAAGCCUCAACUUUUUCAAGUACCUUCUAUGUUGCUAAUGGAGGACCAAGUGAAUGAAAACACAAAACACUUACUGGCACACUUUUUUGGUGUCUAUGAUGGACAUGGAGGAAGUCAGGUUGCCAAUUACUGCCAGAAACAUCUUCAUUCAGUUUUGGUUGAGGAGAUAGAAGCUGCAGAAUCCAGUUUAUCCGAAAAUAAUGAAAAAGACAAUCGGCAGGACCGAUGGAAGAAAGUACUCACCAAUUGCUUUCAGAAAGUGGACGAUAAGAUUGUAGGAAUUGAUGAAGCUAAUCGUGAAAAAAGCGGUAAUGAUGGAUCUGAGUCAACUACUGAAGAAACUCUUGCUCCCGAGACUGUUGGAUCCACUGCACUGGUUGCAAUUUUGACUCGAACCCACAUAAUAGUCGCGAAUUGUGGGGAUUCACGAGCGGCCUUGUGUCGAGGAAAAGAAGCACUGCCAUUGUCUACUGACCAUAAACCAAAUAGAGAGGGUGAGUGGGAAAGGAUAGAAGCCGCCGGAGGAAAGAUCAUACAAUGGAAUGGAUACCGAGUUCUCGGUGUUUUGGCAGUAUCAAGGUCAAUUGGUGACAAAUACUUGAAACCAUGGAUAAUUCCAGAUCCAGAAGUCACAAUCGCCCUCCGAGAGAAAAACGACGAAUGUCUUAUUCUAGCGAGUGAUGGUUUAUGGGAUGUAAUGACAAACGAAGAAGCCUGCGAAAUUGCUCGAAAGCGAAUCCUUAUUUGGCAUAAGAAGAAUGCAACCAAUGUCUCCACCGGACAAACCGACGGAGUUAAUCCAGCAGCUCAGUAUGCUGCAGAGUAUCUAUCAAAACUUGCUCUUCAAAGAGGAAGCAAAGAUAACAUCUCAAUUAUUGUUAUAGACUUGAAACCUCAAAGACAUAUCAAGAGAAAAGCAUAAAAUAGAUGCUCCUCAAUUAAAAUAUUUAUAGCUAUACUAUAUUUUUCUUACAAGUA